UCAUGCUUUUUCAUGAAAAACAGAACAGCUCCGACCUGCAGUGUACAAAUAACACGGCUUAGCCUGCUGACUCACAGUUUACUGGCUCCGGACUCAAGCUCGUUUGGAAAAAUGAACGCCCUGCUUGUUCCGCUCGUGCUGGGCUGGUCAGGGCUCGAGGUUCUCGGACUGACCGCCGUCGGGCUCCUGCUGAUUCUGUCGGUGCGCCUCGUGCACCUGCUGCGAAAGCGCACGGGGCUGUCCUGCUUCGCGCAGCCGCCGAUGCGCAACUGGCUGUUGGGUCACAUGGGCAUGAUGCGGUCUGAUGAAGACGGUCUGCAGGCUGUGGACGAGCUGGUGAGGACCUACCGACACUCCUGCGCCUGGUUCCUGGGUCCCUUUUACAACAUGGUCCGCCUCUUUCACCCCGACUACGUCAAACCAUUGCUACUUGCCCCUGCUUCCAUCACAUAUAAGGAUGAGCUGUUCUACGGGUUAAUGAGACCUUGGCUUGGUCAGAGUCUUCUUCUGACGAACGGAACCAAGUGGUCUCGUCAGCGUCGUCUUCUCACACCAGCUUUCCACUUCGACAUCCUCAAAAACUACAUUUAUAUUUUUAACAAGUCUACCAACAUAAUGCAUGAGAACUGGCGCCGCCUGCUGGCAGAAGGGAAAAAAGACUUCAACAUGUUUGAAUAUGUGAGCAUGAUGACUUUGGACAGCCUUCUGAAAUGCACCUUCAGCUAUGAUAGUCACUGCCAGGAAUGUUCUGGGAAGUCGGAUGAAUACAUCUCCGCCAUCUUUGAGCUGAGUGAUCUGGCGGUUAAGCGACAGCGUUACCUGCCUCAUCACUGGGACUGGGUUUACCAUCGCUCCGCCGAGGGCAGACGCUUCCGCCGGGCCUGCGAGAUCGUGCACAGCUUCACGGCCGCGAUUGUCCAAGACCGCCGUAGCAAAAUUGACCAGCAGGGGCCGCCAGAGAGCUUCACACAAACCGCGAAAAGAGGGUACAGGAGAACAGUGGACUUCAUAGACGUGCUGCUUCUGUCCAGGGACGAGAACGGGGAAGGUCUGUCGAACGAGGAGAUUAAAGCCCAGGCCGACACAUUCAUGUUCGCAGGUCACGACACUACGGCGAGCGCCAUCUCCUGGGUGCUGUACAACCUGGCCAUGCACCAGGAGUUCCAGGACCGCUGCCGUUCCGAGAUUAACGACCUCCUGAGCGGCCGAGACUCCGAGGAGAUCACCUGGGAUGACCUCAGCAGUCUGACCUUCACUACAAUGUGCAUUAAGGAAAGCCUAAGGCUCCAUUCGCCCAUCUCCGCGGUAACGCGAUACUACUCCCAAGAUAUGAGCGUACCUGGGGAAAGAAUCAUACCAGCGGGAAGCAUCUGCCUGAUCAGCAUCUAUGGCACACAUCGGAACCCAGAUGUCUGGCCAAACCCGGAGGUGUAUGACCCCAUGCGCUUCGACCCUGAUAAGUCAAAACAAAGGUCCUCAUAUGCCUUUAUACCUUUUUCGGCAGGACCAAGGAACUGCAUUGGUCAAAGUUUUGCUAUGGCUGAGAUCCGUGUGGUUGUGGCGUUGACCCUCAGAAGGUUCCGGGUCCUUCCUGGGUCCAAGCCUGUAAAACGCUUCUACAUGAUCGUCAUGAGAACAGAAGGGGGUUUGCCACUGAUGUUGGAACCACUGAUGCCUGCUCAGGAGUGACACACACAUACACACACGCACUCACUCACACACACACACACACACACACUCACACACACACACA